AUGGCAUCAUCUGCAAUCGUAGGAGCAUUAGCAUGUCAAAAGAACUCUUUUUUAAAAACAUUCAACACUAAGGUUGUCUCAAGUUAUGAAUUUGUUCCUCCUCCCACAUCAAAAGACAAACAGAACAAAAAGCAGUUACAACCAAAGGAAUUAAAAUACGGAGUUGAGUUUGAGGAUACUAUACUUUUUCCCGAAGGUGGCGGACAACCUUUUGACAAAGGCACGAUUACAAUUUUGGAUGGCGCAGACAAGGAAAUCAUUGAAGUGAAUUCCAUAUUGAGAGACAAACUAAAAGCUGUUCAUAUUGUUGAGAAGCCAAUUGAAGUAGGUACACCAGUACAACUUGAUGUUGACUGGGAUAGGAGAUUGGACAUAAUGCAACAGCAUACCGGACAGCAUUUGUUAUCAGCUGUGUUUGAUACAUAUAAUAUGGAGACCUUGAGCUGGUCAAUGGGCGAUGAAAUCAAUUAUAUUGAGUUGCCUUCCAAAGUUGAGGAUGACAUUGUAAAGGAGGUACAGGACAAAGUUAAUCAGCUCAUAUUUGAAGCACAUCCGAUAACUGUUGUUACUCCAGAUGCUGAAGGUCACGAAAUCGACACCAGUCAUUUACCCGAUGAUUAUGAUCAAACGCAAGGAAUUAUAAGGAUAGUGAAAAUCGGUGAUCUUGAUUCCAAUCCGUGUUGCGGUACCCACUUAUCGAGCACAUCUCAAAUACAAUCACUUGUGUUGCUCAACCAAACCUCAAUCAGAGGUGGCCACUCUAGAUUAUACUUUACUUGUGGCCAACGUGUUUCCAAAUUAUCUAGCGAAUAUUUCGAUAUCUUGAAAACUGUUUCUGGAUUACAACUCUCUUGUCAAAUCAGUGAUGUUGUCAACAAAGUGGACCAAUUAAACACAAACUAUCGAAAGGCAAACUCGACUAUAAGUGCAUUGAGCAAAGAACUAGCUAACUUAAAAGCAGCUGAGGUUUUCAAAAAUUACCGUGAAAAUGCAGAGAUUGUUUAUGUAUAUCGUGACGAUACCAACCCUGAGUAUUUAAACCUCGUCCAGAAGGAGCUUUUGACAAUGAUCAAUGCUGACAAAGAAUGUGGUGUUGAUCUUUCCAACAAACAAACUCUAGUCCUUUUUAAUGGUCAAACAGCAACUGGUGGAAUGGUUAAAAUCUUAGGCCCCAAAGCCGCGGACAUUUCUGCUGAGCUCAAGCAAAGAAUAACAAGUUUGAAAGGUGGUGGAAAGGGUUCUUCCUUUCAAGGUAAGAUCACCAAUUACGAAAAAGGCGAAAUUGACUCCGUCAUUAGAUAUUUGGACUCCCUUGUAUAA